AUGGGCGCGUCUUCGUCCAAGGUUGCCCGCAGCGCACCGCGGAAAUACCCUGCUCGAACUCCCGGAGCUGCUGUCCCUCGAGGACCUCCUCGCCCCAAGCCUGCAGCAAAGCCCAAGUCAAAGACAUUGGGCGAUGGUACCAAGGAUGAGGCUCUCCGUGCGGAUUCUAUGGAUCCCGAUUUCCCGACCGGCGACUUCUCGCGCCGUCUUCAGCAGAUGGGCAUUGCUCAGCCGAAUCCGACAUACUCUCCCUCGUCUACCGCCUCGUCGCAGCUUGGUCCUCAAGCUCCCCUAGGACCAUCGUUCGCCCCGAGCCGAAGCAACCCGACCCUCGCCGCCCUCGAAGCCCGACAGAGAUUGCAAGAUGAAGCGGAAGAGGAUUUCGCAGCGAUCGGCCGCGGCGUCGAGGGCAGACGGUUCCUCGACAUGAGGACUGUGGUGGAUGCUACGAAGCUGCGCGAUCGCGGUGUUCCCGACAAGGACAUUGAGUUGAGGCUCAGGAUACAACCAGGGCUUCUGGGGAGGCUCGGUCCGCAGGGCAUAAUAUCGCACGUCACGAGUCCCAACUAA